UGGCGGCGGGCGGCGAACGCGCUCUGCUGCUCUGCCGGCAGAUCCGGCCCCGGGGCCGAACCGAGCGGAGCCGAACCGAGAGGAGCCGGCCCGGAGCGACCCGCCAAGGGAAGCGGGUCCCGGUUCCGCUGCCUGAGCCGGGGCUGCGGCCGGUUGGGCAUUUUUUGUAUUUUUUUUUAUUGUUUUUUUUUGUUUUUUGUUUUUUAACUGCUGGAUUUUAGUCGUCGAGAUCCCGUCGUUGGAGGUGCCGCCGUGCCGUGAGGGUGUCCGCAGCUAAAGCGGGGAGCGGGGGAACCGGGCGGGACCGCGGCGGGAUGCGCUCGGGGCCGCCCCGUCGGGUGAGCGGGAGGCGGCGCUGAGCGGCCGGGCUCGUCGCGCCGAGGCCGUAUCGGGCGGGAGCCGCAGCCGGGAGCGGCCGGGAUGGAGCUGCGCUCCGAGCUGCCCAGCGUCCCCGCCGCGCCCCCCCCGGUGCCCCCCAGUUCGGUGGCGGCGGCGGCGGCCGCGGCGGCUGCGACCCUCCCGGUGAGCGUGGCUGGGAGCCUCCUGCGGGCCCCGCCGCUGCUGCUGCGGGCGGCCGAGAAGUACCCGCGGACGCCGAAGUGCGCGAGGUGCCGCAACCACGGCGUGGUGUCGGCGCUGAAGGGCCACAAGCGGUACUGCCGCUGGAAGGACUGCACGUGCGAGAAGUGCAUCCUGAUCGCCGAGCGGCAGCGGGUGAUGGCCGCGCAGGUGGCCCUGCGCCGGCAGCAGGCGCAGGAGGAGAACGAGGCCCGCGAGCUGCAGCUGCUCUACGGCACCGCCGAGGGCUUGGCCCUGGCCGCCGCCAACGGCAUCAUCCCGCCGCGUCCCGCCUACGAGGUCUUCGGCUCCGUCUGCGCCGGGACCGGCGGCGAGGGAGGCGCCGGAGCCUCAGAGCCCAAGGUGCAGAAGUUCGAGCUGUUCCCCAAGACGCUGCUGCCCGGCCGCGCCGCCACCCCGCAGCAGGCGGGAGGGAAGCCGCCGUCCCCCGACGGGGAGUCCGCGCCCGGCACUUCUUCCCCGGACGGCCGCCAUGGCUCGGGCUCGGAGAACGGCGACGGAGAAUCCUUCCUCAGCUCGCCCGUCUCCAAAGGGCCGAAGGAGGGCGAGGAGAGCCCGGGCUCCAUCAGCCCGCUGGGCUCGGACUCGGGCUCGGAGGCGGACAAGGACGAGCGGGACCCGUCGCCCUCGGCCGGCGGCCGGCAGCGGACUCCCAUCGACAUCCUGACGCGCGUCUUCCCGGCGCACCGGCGCGGCGUGUUGGAGCUGGUGCUGCAGGGCUGCGGCGGGGACGUGGUGCAGGCCAUCGAGCAGAUCCUCAACAACCGCGGCCCGGAGAAGGGCCCCGAGGAGAGCUGGGCUCGGGACGGCGCCCUGCAGGGCCUCCCGCCCGCUCCCGCCGCCCACCACCGCCCGCUGAUCGCCGGCGCCAUGGCCCCCGCCAUCGGCGCGCUGGGCAGCCGCUCCGCCUUCUCCCCGCUGCAGCCCAACGCCACGCACUUCGGGGCCGAAGCCGGCGCGUACCCGCUGGGCGCCCCGCUGGGACUCAACCCGCUGCGCCUCGCCUACUCGGCUCACGGCCGCGGCCUCGCCUUCAUGGCCCCGUACUCCACCGCCGGCCUCGUGCCCGCUCUCGGCUUUCGCCCACCCGUGGACUACGCCUUCAGCGACCUCAUGCGGGAGCGCUCCGCCGUGCACAAGGAGCAGGUGUACUCCGGGGGGCUCUACGGGCCCAUGGUCAACAACAACCCCGAGAAGCAAUAGCGAGGGGUGCGCGGGAGCAUCGGGGCGUGGGUCCCUCUGCGUGCUUAUGGCCAUAGGCACGGAUACCUGCGGUGUGGGGUGCACGCGCUCCCCCCGCACGUCCGUAUAUAUAUGUAUACUAGCGAGUGUAUAAUGUUAUAAAAUGGAAAUCUAAGUUAUUAAUGUAACUCGUAGGUGAUCUCGGUAUUAACGUUAAGCUAAGGGUUAGGCAGCGCAUCGUAACGCUUCCCGGCGUAGAGGUGAAAUCUGUCUGCGGACCAAAAUACACCACUGCACCACCCUGCCUCCUGCCCCGGAGCUGUGCACACACACACACACACACACAUGGAGUGGUGGGGGCUGCCCAUAGGGGCCUCCUCCACGUGUGAUCCCAAGGACAUUGCUUUCUUGUUCCGCUGUAGCGAUUCUUGCUGUUCUAACAGGUAACUCUGUGUUUCCAUUUCAUAGAAAUAAAUGUUAUUUUCUAUUAAAAAACAAACCCGAAGGUAUAAGUGGAAGUGGUGCUUUGUCAGACGGUGAGGGUGUGCUCUGGGGAUGCAUGUGACGAGCGCAGUGUUUAAAGGAGUUUAUGACGUUUAUACAAACGCGUUGAAUUACGAUUGAUCAUCGUUAAAGCAGAAAGCUGUCGGAAAAUGUACCAAUAAAAGCACAGCUUGCAGACGGGAGUUACUUCCCAUCA